AUGAAGAGAAGUCUCUUCAUUGGUUGCAUUUUGGCCACACUGGCUGUGCUAGCAAACAGUGCUCACCAUGAAUCAUCACCUCGGAAAUCACCAGCACCGUCACCAUCAGCAGAUUGUACCGAUGUGGCAUUUGACAUGUUGGAUUGUAUAACCUAUUUGUCGGAUGGUAGCGAAGCGGCGAAGCCCACUGCUUCUUGCUGUGCUGGGUUUGAAGCAGUGCUUAGUCUGGAUGCUGAGUGCUUAUGUUUUGCAUUGAAGCAUAGUGCAGAUUUUGGCGUUGCUUUGAAUCUUACCAGGGCUGCAGCUUUAUCUUCUAAGUGUGGAGUUUCUGCUCCUCCUCUUAGUAAAUGUGGCAUCUCUGUGCCUGCUACCGGUGGACCUGCUAACCCUCCAUCCUCCGUUCCAGAGCCAGCUCCACCGACAGAAUCUCCACCGUAUCCUGUUAUAGAGCCACCAACAAAUAACCAACCUUCAGCCCCAGCUCCGGCACCAUCGAACAGUGAUGAUAAUGGGGUUUCAGCAGCAGCUCCAGUAAUUAUUGAAGUUCCAGCACAAGCACCAGCGAAAGGGAUGGCAUAUUCUAUCCCUGCUCCCUUUUCGGUUCUCAUUAGCUGCGCUGUUGCUUCCACUCUUCUUUUCCUGUGGGUUUAG